AUGUACGAUGAUUUCUGUCGUACAAUUCGGGCGGCGGAACGGGGACCGUUGCAAUCAUUAGGUGGUUCGAUGUUGAUCGUGCUGAUUAAAGCUAAUGAUGGAGGUGAUUUAUCUUGGAGUAAAACUGGUGUAAAAGAUUUAAUACAUCUUUUAGUCAAAUUAAAUAAACAUGAAAAUUCGUUUAAUCAUCUACAAAAUGAGGCAAACUUCAAAGUAUUGGGAACUAUGGACAUCAGAAGUCGAAUCGACAGUGGUUAUAAAUUAGGGAUUAAACGUCAUAAUGAAAAUUACCAAUUACCAUUACGUGGCCACGAUGAAAAAAUUUCAUCAAAAAACCAAGGCGUUUUUCGUGGUUUGAUUAACUUAUGUUCAGAUUUAGAUCCAAGUUUACAGGAACAUUUUCAGAAAUCUACUGUUUUCAAAGGGAUUCCUGUAGAACGUUUUUGGGGAUUUUUUAAACCUAAAGGACAUGAUGCAUACUCCUUAACCCGAUCUAUUCUAAAUGAAAUCGAUCCUAUAAUAGAAAAAAAUCCUCAAAAAUUCAUCGCACAAGCAUAUGACGGAGCUGCUGUUAUGAGUGGUCAUCAAUCUGGAGUUAACGUACGAAUAAAAGAAAAAUAUCGGUACGCUUAUUUUAUUCAUUGUUACGCUCAUCAAAUGAAUUUAAUUACGGCUCAAGCAACUUCCCAUAAUAAACAAAGAGUAGCUAUACUAGAUGAAAUAGUAGGUGCUUGUUUACCAAAAACAGUUCAAACACGUUGGAAUUUUAAUAUUAGAACAGUAAAUAUGGUUUAUGAACAUAGAGAUACGUUGAUUGAAUGUAUGGAGAAAAUUAUUGAUGCAUCCUCGCAAUCUAGUUCUAUUAAUUAA